AUGGGAUCUCUCAAGCUGGUUCAUUUUGUCUCGGAACCUUUCGGAGCGAUUGAUCAUUCUCCUAUCAUCAAAGCCCCUAUGACCACUGACACCCAACAUUUCAAUUCCAAAUUGCGCAGGUUUCCACCGUUGUUCAGAGUCACUUCAGUAUUUUCUUUUAUCAGACGCGGGGUGACUGUAAUGUUCGCUAUCGUCCACUGGGUUGACAGGAACAAUGUGAGAGAGAAAGAGAUACUGUCAAAUCUGUCACUAGCACAGCACAUAGUCAACAUUGCUGAUUUGAAAGACCAGGAAGACCCUACGGUAGAUCAAAAGCCACUCGAACGAGAAGCGAUGGUGAUGGAAUACCUCGAAAAUGGCAGCUUUGAGAUGGCAUUGCUGAAGUUGAAGAACAGGGGGGAAAACAAAACUCCCGCAACGUCUUCUGUGGAGUAUAUUUCUAUGCCGGCAGUCAUAAACUGA